ACCACGCCAAGGUUAUUAAUAUUUCUUUAGUAAGCAAGAGGAUGCCACAAGCAAAAUUUUUCUCGUUCUUUAAAAUUCUGGCGUUCGUUUUUGGCCAGUUUGUUUUGUGGAAAGUUCAACAAGCUAUUGAUGUAUCACUUGAAUCCCUGUCGACUAUAAAUGCCUACAACACAAGCUCCUCGUCCAUUCAUGUUGAUUGGAGACACAAUCAAUCUUCAGGCUAUAAUAUUUCAGGAUACAGACUAAGCUACAGAGAAGGGAACUCGUCUACAGAAAUUCAUAUCGUUCUCUGCUCUCAGAGGAAUUUCUCAACAGAGUUAACGAAUUUGAAACCGUUCACGAAUUACUGUAUAGUAGUUUCCUCGUUUACAAAUGCCAUCGUUAGCAACAGAAGCCGCCAAUGUCAGAACGUGACUACAGAUGAAGCAGCUCCAAACGCUCCACCUCAAAAUUUUAAUGCUAGCUGGAUGAACCAUACAAGUAUUCGUGUCACAUGGGAUCCGUUACCCUCGAUCAACAGGCGAGGAAUUAUUCUUGGAUAUUCAAUAUUUUACAAGAAAGUGACGAACACGCAGCAAAAGAAAGGAAGCUUGAAUAAUUCUGAUCAAGAAAUCAUGGCAUGUGCCAAAGUGCGAACAAUGGACUUGGUGGGACUCGAAAAGUUCGCAAAUUACUGUGUGUGGGCUGAAGCUUUUAACAGCAAGGGACGCGGUAAUUCAACAUCUUACAUCUGUGAGAGCGCAAGUGAAGACGUUCCAAGUGGAGCUCCUAAACUUGAGGCUAAGACGUUUUUCAGUCCAAACGCCAUCAAGCUUACGUGGCAAUCACUACCCGAGAACCUUUCUCGCGGGAGUGUCCUAAAAUACAAGAUAAACGUCACACAAACAAGGAAUGCCAAUAAACCACUUACAGAUCCAUGGAGUAAAUCGAUUGAGAUCAUUAAUUCUUCACGAACGGUCCUCAUUCUUAAAAACCUCUCGUUAUUUUCAACUUAUGGAGCUCAAAUUGCGGCAUGUAACGCAAACGGAUGUGGAAAUUUUAGCAAUAUAGUAUUUGCUGAAACCUGCCGCUGUCCAAAGUAUCUCUCAACAUCAAAAAGCCAGUCAUCCUUUGACCAGGGGGGGAAUAAUUCAAAGAGUAUAGCAGACAUCAUCGCCACCACAAUAACCAAAUUGUGCGGAUUCUGUCAAGAACAUAACAAAACCGUCCUGAUAUUUUCUAACAAGACUGAUGGAGAAUCUAAUCUUCAGUUCCCAGUCACAAAUACUAAUUCAAGAGGAAGUAAAUUCAGCAAGUUUAUUGCUGUAUUACAGGUACCCGGGGUGGUUGUCGUGAAGAGGCAGGGCAAUAAUUCUUCUGGUUUCCUCCAAGAAGUCAUGACUUCCUCUGUCUUUGAUAUCUGGCCAGUCUUUGUCGUGUCGCUAUUGGCUGUUUACUCGGCAGGAGUCCUUGCGUGGUUCUUAGAAAGAGAAGAACAAUCUACAUCGUUUGUCCUGGGAGUGUACGAAGGAUUCUGGUGGUCAUUUGUCACCAUGACAACUGUAGGUUAUGGCGAUCGUUGUCCAAGGUCUAGACCAGCAAGAGUGUUUGCGAUCGUCUGGUUACUCAUAAGUACAGUUUUACUAUCAAUCCUUAUGGCUGCCAUGUCAACCACUUUAACUACUACAGUGGUUCGGUCACAGAAAAGAGACUUCACUAUCGACGGAAAAAGCAAGGCAGCAGCGGUUGCUCAAUCCGCAGAGUACAAAUUGGCUGUGGGAUCGCUCAGCGACAAAUUUAAGCUCACCACAGAUUACUCAUCAAUAGAGAGACUCACCAGAGCACUCAAGGAUGGCGAAGUUGACUACAUACUUGUUGACAUGUAUCUUCCUGCUAAACGCAAAGAUCUCUUCAAUGGCUCAUGGUUCGAAAUUGCGGCGCUGUACAAGGCAGAAAUAAAUCACGGGAUUCUUCUUCGGGGUGACGCACUAAAACUGGCAUCGGCUUUGGAAGAGAUGAUAGCAUAUGAUAACGUGCAAACUAAUUUUCUAAAAAAUAACGACGAUGACGAGGGAGUAACUGGGUUGACAUCCAACAAGUAUCUGUUCUUCGAUCCUGCCAGUCCAUUUUACAAGAAAAUCGUGUUCGCCGGCCUGGGUAUCCUGUGCCUCUUCACGGUUUGUGGGCUGGUGUAUCAAAUAGUGUACACUAAGCAGAGAAAACGCCAGACAAGUGAGCGGGAGACAGAGAGGAAUAAAAUUCAGAGGGAAUUAAAACACUUGCUCGAUGAAUUUUACCACUCCUACCGUCAGAAGUAUGAAACACUUAAAAAGAAACACGAGAAGGAAGUUACUGAGGUGGCUCGACAGGGAAGAAAAGGACUCGGAGCAUGCGAUGGAAAACGAAAUGAUGUUAUGGUCCCAUGACCAAGUUUUGAUCCAACAGCUACUUUCGCGCAAUAUGAUUUUGAAUAUGCACUUUAACAUUAGAUCUAAUUCACGGCAAUUUAACAUAAAAAAGCGCAUAAAAUACAUAGACAGGUCUCUCUCGAUGUUUCCUGUUAUAGGUCUGGAAAUGUUAAUCAUUAGGUGUCUCUCUAAGGAGCACAGGAUUUUUUAACAACGCUCCCUAACUAAUCAAGGUUAAUACCUUGAUUACUGAUACAUUUAUCGCCACGCUAAAGUAACUUCUAGUGUUAUUAGCUUUUGUACCUAAGCAGGUAUCCAUUCCAUCCUAAACUGGUUUAUUAUUUUGAUUAUCAGGCUUAAUAUCGUUUUAGAAUUUAAUCAAAGCUAGUCUGACCACGUGUUCAGAAUUAAUCAUGAAGACAAGAAGACAAUCUCUUUAAAAACUGUUUUUGUCCUCAAAAAUGGAAAAAGGCACAGGUGAGACAUGCAGAGUGGUAUAUGUGUGUU